AUGGAACCAGACCAGACAGGACUGUACCGCUGUUCCUAUAGAAUUGCAGGGCACUAUUCCCAACUCAGUAACAUCCUGCGUGUGGUGAUGACAGGAUAUUAUAACAAUCCCUCACUCUCCAGCAUGAGUGGCACCGUGGUGGCUCCAGGAGACAAUGUGAAGUUACAGUGUUUCUCCAGAAUCAAGUUUGAAGCAUUUAUUCUCAGGAAAGAAGAUGCACCUCGGUUCACCCAGAGACAAAGCUCCAUCGCCCAGGACAAUGGACAGCAGACCACCUUCCACCUGGACCGUGUCACCUCCACACAGGCAGGGACCUACAGGUGCUACGGUGCCUUCAGCAAAGACCCCUUUGUGUGGUCCCACCCCAGCGACCCACUGCAGCUUGUGAUCAGAGGAUCUUAUGACAAACCCUCACUCUCCAGCAUGAGUGGCACCGUGGUGGCUCCAGGAGACAAUGUGAAGUUACAGUGUUUCUCCAACACCACGUUUCAUGCAUUUAUUCUCAGCAAAGAAGAUGCACCUCAGUUCACCCAGAGACAAAGCGCCACCGCCCAGGACAAUGGACAGCAGACCACCUUCCACCUGGACCGUGUCACCUCCACACAGGCAGGGACCUACAGGUGCUACGGUGCCUUCAGCAAAGACCCCUAUGUGUGGUCUCACCCCAGCGACCCAUUGCAGCUUGAGGUCAGAGGAAUUUUUAAGAAACCCUCACUCUCCAGCAUGAGUGGCACCGUGGUGGCUCCAGGAGACAAUGUGAAGUUACAGUGUUUCUCCAGAAUCAAGUUUGAAGCAUUUAUUCUCACCAAAGAAAAUGCACCUCAGUUCACCCAGAGACAAAGCUCCACAGCCCAGGACAAUGGAGUUCAGACCACCUUCCACCUGGACCGUGUCACCGCCACACGGGCAGGGACCUACAGGUGCUACGGUGUCUUCAGCAAAGACCCCUAUGUGUGGUCUCACCCCAGUGACCCAUUGCAGCUUGAGGUCAGAGGGUUUAUCUAG